CGUGCGCCGUGAACCCUGGGGGCGCUGUGCUGCCGCCUCCUGGUCCCACUUCCUCCGAGUGUCUGCUUUCGGGUUUGUGUCCCUUCCCGCCUUGCUACUGCAGCGCGUGUCAACCCCUGCCGCUCGCCAGUUGUCGGGAGGGCCGCUGUGUCGAGUGCGACCUUCCAAAGGAACUGCUUAGGAUGAAUGUGAUUUGGAGAAGAUAUAUUUGCAAUGUAAGGCUGAGGAAGGUGCUACACAGAUGUCAGAGCGGUAACCACCCUGUGGCACCCCUGGGAUCAAGGAUUUUAACUGACCCAGCCAAAGUUUUUGAACACAACAUGUGGGAUCACAUGCAGUGGUCUAAAGAAGAAGAAGCAGAUGCCAGAAAAAAAGUAGAGGAAAACUCAGCUGUGCAAGUCAUUCAGGAAGAACAAGUUAAAUAUGAAAGUGAAGCUAGUAAAUACUGGGACACAUUUUACAAGAUUCAUAAGAAUAAGUUUUUCAAGAAUCGUAAUUGGUUGUUGAGGGAAUUUCCUGAAAUUCUUCCAGUUGAAAUAAAAACUGAAGAGAAGAUGGGAGAACCAUUGAGGGAUCUCAUAGAAACUAAUGCUGCAAACUGUUUCUCAAGAAUGCCAGAAGUAAAAAACCAUGAUGAGAAAAGUUCUGGGUCAUCAGAUGGUCAAAGCAAAGGAGAGUCUGGUCGUCCCAGCCUAGACUCUGAAGAGCAUGAAAAAAGAUUACUGAAGACUGAACUGUUUCCUGGUAGCAGUGCUACUUUCAGAAUAUUAGAGGUUGGCUGUGGUGCUGGAAAUAGUGUUUUUCCAAUUUUGAACAUCUUGCAGAACACUCCAGAAUCCUUCCUUUACUGUUGUGAUUUUGCCCCUGGAGCUCUGGAACUUAUAAAGUCGCACUCGUCCUACAGAGCCGCCCAGUGUUCUGCCUUUGUUCAUGAUGUGUGUGAUGAUGGCUCACCCUACCCUUUCCCAGAAGGGAUUCUGGAUGUCGUUCUCCUUGUCUUUGUGCUCUCUUCUAUUCAACCUGACAGGAUGCAAGGUGUUGUCAACCGACUGUCUAAGUUGCUGAAGCCUGGGGGAAUGCUUCUCUUCCGGGACUAUGGAAGAUAUGAUAACACUCAGCUGCGUUUUAAAAAGGGGCAUUGUUUAUCUGAAAAUUUUUAUGUUCGAGGAGAUGGUACCCGAGCAUAUUUCUUUACAAAAGGGGAAGUCCACCGUAUGUUCUGCAAGGCUGGAUUAGAUGAAAAGCAAAAUCUGGUUGAUCAUCGCUUACAAGUUAAUAGGAAAAAACAAGUGAAAAUGCAUCGAGUGUGGGUUCAAGGAAAAUUCCAAAAACCAUUGCACUGGACUCAAAAUAGCUCCAAAUUGACAUUUUCCUCUCCUUUCUCAUGACUGAAAUAUGUACCAUAAGACAUAAAACCAGAGGACUCUGAUGUUUAACAAUUCCUGAAAACCUUUUGUUUCUCAAAAGACAAUGAGAAGAAGAGAGAAUUUGUAUAUCUUAGUGUUCUAUCUUGGUUUGUACAUGGAAAUCCACCCAUCUGCAAGUAGCUGCCUUUUUGAGAGCAAAACAUAAAGCUGUGUGAACCAUCUGGAUUGGUAAACUUCAGGUAAAGGAUGUGAGGCCCUCUGUGCAAGGCUGGAGGGCUCCAGGUGUUAGCUGUACUUCCUGGUUCACCAUGACUCAUUCUUUGCAGACUUCCUACCAAACCCCUGGGAAUGAGCCUUUGGAAGGGAAUAUAUUACCGCAGCCAGUGAAAUAGACCAAAAAACUGUCAUUCCCAGGAAAAGUACUAGAGAGAAGAAUCACAAAUG